UAAUACACCAUCGUCUUUCGUUCAAAGAUCCGCUCUGUCAACUUACAUACACUGACAAAGUACAUUCGUUAACACAAACAUACAUAUCAAACACCAAACACUAUCAUGAAGACUUCCACUAUCAUCCUCGCCGCUGCGGCCGCUGUUGCCAACGCCCACUACGACGACACUCACGUUGGAUUCACCACUGUCUACAAGAACGGCACCGUCACUGAGCCUACUCAGUACACUACCAGCACUGUCUACAGCACCAAGACAUACACCGUCACUCAGUGCCCUCCCACCGUUGUCAACUGCCCUGUCGGCCAUGUCACAACCGAGACCAUUGCUGUUUCCACAACCAUCUGCCCUGUUACUGAGGUCCACAACCCUACCGAGCCUGCUCACCCCAACCCUACCGAGCCUAGCAAGCCUCAUGAGCCUACUCACCCCGGCCAGGACGUUAUCACCAAGACUCAGACCUACGCCUACCCUCACCCCACCAACCACGGCGAGAGUGUGACCAAGACCAUCACUUACACCGUUCCUGUCGAUCACACCAACAACGGUACCGCUGUCUACCCUCCCCACACCUACCACCCUGUUCCUUCUGGUGGUGCUCACCCUACCGGUGUCGCUCCUCCUCCUCCUCACUCCGGUUCCGAGGGUGGAAAGACUCCUCAGGGCGAGCAACCUAGCAACGAUGACGGUACCGACAGCGGCAGCAACGGUGGCAGCAAGGGUAGCGACAGCGGAAGCAACGGCGGCAGCUCCUCCGGCUCCGGUUCUGGCUCCGGCUCCGACUCUAGCGAGGACCACGAGCCUUCCACCUCUGAUGUUCCUGAGCCUGUGACCGCUGGUGCUGGCAUGAACGCCGUCACUGGUCUCUUGGCCAUUGUCGGUUUCGCUGCUGCCUACCUCAUCUAAACUGGACCUCUUCUAGGUUGAUUGAUUAAUUGGUCGAUCAACUUCACCUCACCUCCUCUUUCUUCAAACAUUCUUACGAUCCUUACAUGAUGCAUGAAAAGCAUAACACUUGGGUAUGAUUUGGUUUUUGUUCGCAAAAGCGAGCGGCGUUAGUAAAUAGGGGGUUAUUUUUAUUCCGCUUCGGUAACCAAUGUGAUGGGCCAAGCGAUGACGGGAAUUGGGGGGAAUGCAUUAUAUGAGAACCGAACGCGAUAUGCAAACGACUUAUAUGCUAAUUUCUACAUUUAAUACUUCACACUAGCGACCAUUCAUUUAGACUAGAUUUUGAUUUACCUUGCACCUACUGAAGGGUGUACUUUAAAAAUAUAGACGGUCGCAAUAUUUAAUUCUUCCAUUCUCAU